AUGGCUGUACGUUUUACCCCCUCGACUACGGUUGUGGUCGAAGCAGGUGCUUCGCCAAAACGAUGUUCUAACCCCGCAGCGCCGCUGCAGCUCGCGACAUGGCCGGCCUCUUCACGUCGCGUCGUAUCAGACAAAAAGUUACCGGAGGUCGACCUGGUGACCCGUAUGCAGGUUGACGACUCCAUCGUAGGGCUGACCGAGAUCGAUGAAUCCCUCUACAGUCGCCAGCUCUAUGUUCUAGGCCACGAGGCCAUGAAGCGCAUGGGCGCCUCGAAUAUUCUGAUUGCGGGUCUAAAGGGAUUAGGUGUCGAGAUUGCCAAGAACAUUGCUCUUGCCGGAGUCAAGAGUCUCACACUCUACGAUCCUGGUCUGGUCUCCCUCGCCGAUUUGUCCUCACAAUUCUUCCUUCACCCGGAAGAUGUUGGAAAGCCCAGGGAUGAGGUUACGGCCCCUCGAGUCGCCGAGUUGAACGCAUACACACCGAUCAAGGUCCACCAGUCGUCCAACUUGGGCGAGAACCUCUCCCAAUUCGACAAGUACCAGGUUGUCGUCUUAACUAGCCUUCCUCUGAAACUGCAGACUCUUAUUGGCGAUUACUGCCACUCUAAAGGCAUUUACGUCGUUGCCGCCGACACGUUCGGUCUAUUUGGCUCCAUAUUCUGUGACUUUGGCGAGAACUUUACCGUCAUCGACCAAACCGGCGAAAGCCCCUUGAGCGGAAUUGUCGCCGGCAUUGACGAGGAGGGACUCGUCUCUGCUCUUGACGAGACUCGUCAUGGACUUGAGGAUGGUGACUAUGUCACAUUUUCUGAGAUUGAGGGUAUGGAAGGCUUGAAUGGAAGCGAGCCUCGCAAGAUCACUGUCAAGGGCCCGUACACAUUCUCGAUCGGCGAUGUUUCCGGUCUUGGUCAGUACAAGCGCGGAGGUCUCUACCAGCAGGUCAAGAUGCCAAAGUCUAUCAACUUCAAGAGCAUCACCGCUGCGAUCAAGGAGCCUGAAUUUGUCAUGUCUGACUUUGCCAAAUUCGACCGUCCCCAGCAGUUGCAUCUUGGUUUCCAGGCUCUCCACGCGUUUGCGGAGAGUCAGGGUCGCUUCCCUAACCCCUUGGACGAUGGAGAUGCCACGGUCAUCCUCCGCUCCGCAGAGGAGUUCGCCAAGGCGGAAGGCCUCGAGGUCGAGUUCGACGAAAAGCUGAUCAAGGAGCUGAGUUAUCAAGCUCUCGGCGACCUCAACCCCAUGGCAGCUCUGUUUGGUGGAAUUACUGCGCAGGAGAUCCUCAAGGCCGUUUCCGGCAAGUUCCAGCCCAUCAAGCAGUGGAUGUACUUCGACUCGCUCGAGUCUCUCCCGACUAGUACCGCACGUACUGCGGAGCUCUGCAAGCCGUUGGGCACUCGGUACGACGGACAGAUUGUGGUUUUCGGUCGCGAGUACCAAGAGAAGAUCGCCAACUUACGCCAGUUCCUAGUCGGUGCGGGUGCCAUCGGAUGCGAGAUGCUCAAGAACUGGGCUAUGAUUGGCCUGGGUACCGGCCCCAAGGGCAAGAUCACAGUGACCGACAUGGAUUCCAUCGAGAAGAGCAACCUCAACCGUCAGUUCCUAUUCCGUGCCAAGGAUGUCGGCAAUAUGAAGAGCGAUUGUGCAGCAGCAGCCGUUCAGGCCAUGAACCCUGACCUUAACGGCCACAUCGUCUGCCUGAAGGAUCGCGUAAGUCCCGAGACUGAGGAGACCUUCAACGAACAGUUCUGGAACGACCUCGAUGGUGUCACAAAUGCACUUGACAACGUGGAGGCGAGAACAUACGUUGACAGACGUUGCGUGUUCUUCCGCAAGCCUCUCCUUGAAAGCGGCACCCUCGGAACCAAGGGUAAUACUCAGGUUGUGCUCCCACAUCUCACUGAGUCCUACUCCUCCUCUCAAGACCCUCCCGAGAAGGAAUUCCCCAUGUGCACCGUGAAAAGCUUCCCCAACAAGAUCGAACACACCAUUGCCUGGGCCAAGGACCAUAUGUUCGAGAACCUCUUCAUCACGUCUCCUUCGACUGUCAAUCUCUAUCUGACGCAGCCCAAUUACAUCGAGGCCACGUUGAAACAAGGCGGUAGCGCUAAGUUGACUCUGGAGACGCUCCGCGACUACCUGACUACCGACCGCCCGCGUACAUUCGAAGACUGUAUCGCAUGGGCACGGAUUCUGUUCGAGAAGGAGUUCAACAACAAGAUCCAGCAACUUCUGCACAACUUUCCUAAGGACUCGACAACCUCCAGUGGCACUCCCUUCUGGUCUGGUCCCAAGCGGGCCCCUGAUCCGCUCAAGUUCGAUGCCAAGAACCCUACUCACUUUGCUUUUGUUGUUGCUGCUGCCAAUCUGCAUGCAUUCAACUACAACAUCAAAUCCCCUGGCACUGACAAGGACAUUUACCUGCGCGAGCUUGAAAAUGUGAUUGUGCCUGACUUCUCGCCUGCGGAAGGCGUAAAGAUCCAGGCCAAUGAUAACGACCCUGACCCGAACGCCGAGGGCGGAGAGGGCAGCUCUUUCGACGACAACAAUGAGUUACAGAAGAUCAUUGCCAGCCUGCCAUCUCCUAAUGAUCUGGCCGGCUUCCAACUCCAACCUGUAGACUUUGAGAAGGACGACGACUCCAACCAUCACAUCGACUUCAUCACGGCUUGCAGCAACCUGCGUGCUGCCAACUACAAGAUUGAGCAGGCUGACCGUCACAAGACGAAGUUCAUUGCUGGGAAGAUCAUUCCUGCUAUUGCGACAACCACGGCUCUCGUCACAGGUCUGGUCAUCUUAGAGCUGUACAAGGUCAUCGAUGGCAAGCAAGAUCUAGAGCAGUACAAGAACGGCUUCAUCAACUUGGCAUUGCCAUUCUUCGGGUUCAGCGAGCCGAUUGCAAGCCCCAAGGUGGAGUUCAAGGGCCCGAACGGUAUCGUCAAGCUAGACAAGAUCUGGGAUCGCUUUGAAGUGGCAGAUAUCACGCUGAAGGAGCUUCUCGAGCACUUCGAGAAGCAAGGUCUCAGCAUCUCUAUGCUCAGUUCAGGCGUCAGCUUGCUGUAUGCCAGCUUCUUCCCCCCUGCCAAGUUGAAGGACCGUCAGAACCUGAAACUGAGCCAGCUGGUGGAAACUGUUUCCAAGAAGCCUAUUCCCUCUCAUCAGAAGGAGGUCAUCUUUGAGAUGGUGGCAGAAGAUGUUGACGGCGAGGAUGUUGAGGUUCCGACUGACACGGAAACGCCGCAGGCCAGCAAGAUCACCGAGUGGGUCAAGUCCGGUGACAUGUCCGGCGAGUUCAAGCGUCAGCAAAGCUCGUUCCGUGACUCGAUCUCCCGGGAGCAAGGCGUCAAGUUUCCAGCUGAGAAGGGCCGCUAUCAUCUCUAUGUCAGCUAUGCUUGUCCUUGGGCCUGCCGUACCUUGAUCACCCGCCAGCUCAAGGGUCUAGAGGACAUCAUCAGUUACUCCGUUGUUCACUGGCACCUAGGAGAGAAAGGGUGGCGCUUCGUCACCAACGGCGAGCAAGAGAGCGUCCCCGGUGACAAUGUCGUCCCAGACCCCAUCCAGGGCCACGAGAAUUUCACACACCUCCGCGACGUUUACUUCGAGUCAGAGCCCAAUUAUGAGGGCCGCUUCACUGUCCCGGUGCUGUAUGACAAGAAGCUCAAGACCAUCGUUAGCAACGAAAGCAGCGAAAUCAUCCGCAUGUUCUACACCGAGUUUGACGACCUCGUGGACGAAAAGUACCGUCGAGUCAGCCUCUACCCUGAGACUCUCCGCACCCAGAUUGACGAGACAAAUGAGUGGACGUACGACAAGAUCAACAACGGCGUCUACAAGUCUGGUUUCGCCACGACGCAGGAGGCUUAUGAACGCAACGUCGUCGCUCUUUUCGAGGCUCUCGACAAAGCCGAGGCGCACCUCAAGUCGACAUAUAGCAAGGGCCCAUUUUACUUCGGAAAGUCAGUUACUGAAGCGGAUAUCAGACUCUUUGUCACCAUUAUUCGAUUCGAUCCCGUCUACGUGCAACAUUUCAAGACGAACAUACGCGAUAUCCGUUCUGGAUACCCUUUCAUCCACAAGUGGAUGCGUAAUCUCUACUGGAAUGUCCAAGCCUUCCGCGACACGACCCAGUUCGAGCAUAUCAAGUGGCACUACACCAAGAGCCACACUCAAAUCAACCCUUUCUCCAUCACUCCAGUCGGUCCUUUGCCUGAUGUUCUCCCUUUUGACGAGGAGGUUCCGGCAAUCAGCACAAAGCGGUGA